AUGCCGCCACGAGUAGGACUCCGUUCCCGCCGGGACCCUGACGCCCAGCCGCAGUCUGAUGCCGACUCGAUAGCCACGCCCUCGCGAAAGCGCAGACGGGUGAGCAGCGCUGUCCCUGAACACUCGGGGCACAUAUACUCACUCGAUCAGCUCAACGGCAACGAACCUGCGCCUGUCCCUGUGACCGCCGACCCUCCACGCGCGCGCAUCACCGAGUCUGUUGCCAGCAAUGACAGCAACACCACCCUCCCAAACGCCGACGACGAAGACCCCGUCGAGAGGCAGAACCGCAUCAUUGCUGCCCUUGGUAUUCCUUCGACUUACACGCCGAAUGCCGCCAUCGACUAUGCAAACGACCUGCAGGCCCGCAAGAACGAGGGCCACAACAUCGCCGCUUUUGCAAAGAUAGCUGCCCGCGACUGGUGCUUCUUCGUCCAGGAAACUAGGAUCCUCAUCGGGCGUGCAGACUCGUCCGUCCGCCCACAGCCGCCCAGCUCCCAGGCAGACAUCCCUGGUCUCCCUCAGAGUGAGGCCCAGUCGGUCUCAAACUGGGGAGUGCACAUCGACCUAGGCCCUGAACGCCAGGUAUCGCGCAUACAUGCUGAGAUCUUUUUCGACUCAGCAGACCAAAAGUGGUACAUCGUGGUGAACAGCCGCAAUGGUCUCAAGCUGGACGACGUGCAUGUGACCAAGGGCCAAAUGGAAAUGCUGCAUUCGGGUAUCUGCAUCAGUAUCAUGGGUACCCAGAUGCUGUUUCUCCUCGCCAGCCAAGAAGAUCAUUUCCAUCCAAUGCUUCUGCGACAAGCGAAUGGAGAAGAGGCUGGAGAGUCUGACAACGAUGGCAAUCCACCCCCAAGAUCACAUCAAAACAUACCCCCCAGCGGUCCUACACCGAAGCGCGAGCAGUACGAUCCGUUCCCACCGUCCUCACACCCGCGAAAUCGCGAGAACAAGCACCAGUCGUCACAAGCCUACUACAACCCGAUGACAUCAACUCCAGGCUGUCCACCGCCUGGUACGCCUAUGACGUUUCAGCCAGGUACUGGCCCCCGUAGCAAAGGCUCCCCUGCUACCUUCUCUCGCGGCGUCGUCAUUGACUCCACCGACGAGGUUGACUAUAGCCAUGACCAGGCCAAGGACAUCAAGCCACCGUACAGCUAUGCACAGCUGAUUGGCCAAGCCAUCCUCAGCAACGACGAGGAGAUGCUGACGUUGGCGAACAUCUACGACCACAUCAAGUCGCGGUAUGCCUUCUUCCGGUUUACCAACGGCGGCUGGCAGAACAGCAUCCGCCACAACCUGUCCCUCAACAAAUCAUUCGAGAAGGUUGCACGUCGUACAGAUGAACCUGGCAAGGGUAUGAAGUGGAAGAUUGCCGACUCAGAGCGUGAAGAGUUCAUUAGGAAGCAGCUGCUGAAUCCUCGCAAAGGUGGCGGGAUAGCCAUCGGUUUCCGCCCUGAUGGCUCUGGCCCCAGCUCGCCUGCACUCGGAAACCCAUCUCAAGCCACAGAACGCCUGAUCGGUGCACUCGACCGCGAUCCUCGGCACCAAGGCGCUCGCAUGAAGUCCCCGCCCCGUUCAGCAACACCGCCUUUAUCAUCUGUGCCCGUGGCCAACGAGUCGUUUACGCCUGAUCGUGGCUCUCGUCCAUUUGGCGCUCUGAAGCAAUCGCCCAACAUCCGGGAGAUGAACCAUUUCGUCACACCUGCCAAACGGCUCAUUUACGGUGGCAUCGACGGUCGUCCCCCUCCAUACAUAAAGACUGAAGAGCCCAGAUCGCAUCUUGAAUCAUCGCCUGGCGUCGAUCCUGUCAAGCCAAUGGUCCAAGGCCUCGGGCUCUCAGGUCUGAAAAGCGAAGCAGCAAAUUCCCCUCCUACUCUCUACUCUGACGCAACCACAAGUAACAUUCAGGGCAAUCACGACACAGGUCGGAUGAACAAUGCCCUAGUCACGCCACUAGUAACCCGCCAUGCACCUCGUCUCGCGCCUCCCAGCACCGCCCAAAUGCCCAGCCAGUACAUGAACUUCUCCAGUCCGGCACCGUUCUGGAAGUUUGUCGAUCUGCCUAGCACACCUGCAAAGUUUCCCAUCGAUCUCAGUCCAACCAAGAUGCACCACGACGAGAAGGACAACGAUGAGGAGCUCGCUCAGCCCAGUUCACCCCCGAUGUUGCCUGAGGAUGAUCGCAGUGCUGAGCCCGAGGAUCAGGAAGCUUCAGAUGACAAGCCGGGCGACGACGACGAUGUUGGACCCGAAAGCCCAAGCAGGACUGUCUCGCGACCGGUGAGUCGCCGCGACCUGGGUGGCAGCCAGCGCUCGAGGAGCAAUUCGAACGUCAAUGCUCUUGGACCCAGUGGGCUGGGUGGCAUGGUCAGGGGAGCGAGUCUGACAAGCUUCGAGGAGGAGCAGGAGCCUGAGGAAGAGAGCUAUGAUUUGUCCAAGGGCUUUCAAAAGAUUGGAUCGUUCCAUCACAGCAUGGCUCAAGCUCACGGAGUCGUCGGCCGCUCUGCCAUUUAG